AUAAACCGUUACUGCCUCCAUUUUACAACCACAAACGGUGGCCAUAAUCAACGGCCGCAAGACAAUUUUCUUAAAUUAAACCCAAUAAAAAACCUAAAAAUAGCGCCUACAGCUGGUAUGUGGACCAAUAAACACCAUAUACGCAGGUGGCAUUUCGUUUACUUUUUUAUUCAUAUUUAUUCAGGUAAUAGUUUUGUAAAUCGUCCUUGACUUGCGAAACUUACGCCCCCGUGGCAUCUACUCGUUAACCGAUUAAGCCUCCCUUUCAUUCUAACUAAAGCUCUGUAAGUGUGAACGGGAUGAGAGAUUAAAGUUGUAAUGAGGUGUGUUGACUGUUGAUGUUGUCUCCAGCCAGUCUCAGGCGGCAGCGCGCGCGCCGCGGUCGCUACGACGCGCUAUUUCGAAAUUCAAAUUAACGAAUUGACGCGUUCGAACAACGAAUUUUCAACGAAGUUUAUCGAUGUGUGUGAUUGUGUUUUGUUUGAAGUGUGUAACAUCGAUAAAGUCAAGUGUGUAAUGUGAAAUCAGUGCUUAACGAAAAUGGUCAUGGAAUCCCCGCUGCAAGGCCGCUUCUGGCCUCUCUCUCCACGUCUCUGGAGGCGAAGUACGGAAUGCAAAAUCGUCUUCGAGCCUAGAAGACCACCCGUGGACAAACGAAUAGAUCUGACUCCCGAUUUGCUGCGUUCAAAGAAUAUUAAAGAGAGAUUGGGACAUUUGAAUUUGGAAGAACAUAUUGAUGAGGAAAAGAGAUGGAGUGUCUCAAAGCCUCCGUUGAAAGAGAAGAAGGAGGAAGUAAAGAUGAGGGUCAAAAGGCAGAGGCAGCCGCGUCCGAAUAGUCUGCAGCUUCUGUUAUGUCCGUCCAGCUCGGGGCAUUACAGCAGCAACACUUGGAGAUACACCAGGGUCAGGUCGAGGAGCCAUGAGCCUGAGGGAGGCGGGCGCGGCGAGGGACCGCUAGCGCGCGCGAUGCAGCCCGCGCCGGGCUCGCCCAAGCGGCAGCCUUCUCAGACACAACACGGAUCGGCGCCGGCGGACCAAUCAACAUUAAAAGUCCACCUGCCGAACGGUGGUUUCAACGUCGUCCGGGCGUCGGCCGAUGAGGACGUACGCUCGGUGCUACGGCUGCUAGCGAGCAGGCUAGCGACCGGCGAGAGAGUAUACGCGUCGUGCUACGCGCUACGAGCGAGGCGGUUGACUACUGGCAAGAUUCGAUGGAUCCACCAAGACACGCCAGUAUCGGAGCUGCUCGCAAAAUGGCCAGCAUCGGAAUGGCGGUUAGAACUGCGCGUGCGCUACCUGCCCGCCAACUUACGUGGCCUGUGUGACUCUGACCGAGUCACGUUCCACUACUACUUCGAUCAGGUGCGACAUGACUACCUCAACGCCAAUCAUCCCAUGGUGGACCAGGAUCUGGCGAUACAAAUAUGUUGUUUAGAAAUAAAAUACUUCUGUAAAGACAUGCAAAUAUCGUUGGACAAGAAGUCCAACAUCGAAUACCUGGAGAAAGAAUUCGGACUGCACAAGUUCCUGCCAAAGUCUGUGCUGGAAGCCAUCAAGCCUAAGGUGCUGAAGAAGGCCAUACAACAACAUUUCAAAAAGGUGGCGAAUCUGUCAGACACAGAGUGCAUGCUGAAAUAUCUGGAGACUAUGCACACUCACUACGGUUACGAUCGAGAGACCUUCACCGGGGCCCUCGGCUCCGGCUGGGCUAUUCCUAUAGAGCUCGCCAUUGGACCCGAUAUAGAUAUAUCGUACGUGUCUCACAAGGCGGGCGAGCCGCCGACGUACACGAAAAUCGCUUCUUUCGCCGACAUUGUCGCCGUGCAGACGCUCAAGUCCAACUGUCAGUCGCAGUCGCAAACUACGCAAUCGCAAUCGCAGAGCGGUUCGUCGUGCGGCAAGGCGGCGCUGCAGCUGCGGGUGAAGGGCGCCACGGAGACGCUCACUAUUACAUGCAGCAGUGUCGAGGCAGCGGAAAGCUUAGCAGACUUAGUAGAUGGGUAUUGCAGACUAGUCACAGAAUCGCAGACCUCGCUAUGGAACAGAACAACUACUGUAUGGAAGUCGCUGAAUUGUCAAUGCAAAACGGAGAUGAGCUCAAGCUCGUCGGAAGGCAAGACCAGUACGUGGGAGGGCAACACGGCGACGCUGUUGUCAGAGGACUAUGCCGAGAUUGUCGACGACGACGCUGACUACUCCACACCGGCCGUUCGAGACUACGAGUUGGUCCGGAAUCAGAUCGAGCUCACCGGCAUUAUCGGAGAAGGGCAGUUUGGCGACGUACACAAAGGCACGUGUCGAGUGGCCUCAGCCAACCACCCCUCCCUCCGUCGGCAACUCACCAUACAAAAGCAGCAGGGGAAAGGCUCAGGCGGAGAAUACAUACUACCCGUCGCCGUGAAGACCUGCAAGCUGGAUGCAGACCUAGAUACCGCCGAGAAGUUUCUGGAAGAAGCUUAUAUAAUGCAGCAGUUCUCUCACCCGCACAUCAUCGGGCUGGUGGGCGUGUGCAGCGCGCCGCCGAUAUGGAUCGUCAUGGAGCUGGCUACCCUGGGCGAACUUAGGGCUUACUUGCAACAAAACGCGAGGAGGUUGGAGACAUGUACCCUGGUGCUGUAUAUAUACCAGCUAUCAACUGCACUCAGCUAUUUGGAGAGCAAGAAAUUUGUACAUCGGGACAUCGCCGCGAGGAAUGUCCUUGUUUCAACACCAACUUGUGUUAAGUUAGCGGAUUUCGGUCUAUCAAAGAUGGUGGAAGACAAGUCAUACUACAAGGCUUCUCGCGGCAAACUGCCUAUUAAAUGGAUGGCGCCAGAAUCUAUUAAUUUCAGGCGGUUUACCUCCGCCUCUGACGUUUGGAUGUUCGGCGUCUGCAUGUGGGAGAUCCUCAUGCUCGGCGUGAAACCUUUCAGCGGCGUGAAGAACAAUGACGUCAUCGGUAAACUGGAGAACGGAGAACGGCUGGCACUCCCUCCAGGAUGUCCACCGCGACUCUACUCUGUGAUGUCGCGGUGCUGGGCUUAUGAGCCGUCCCAGCGACCUCAGCAGCACCAGCUUAAGGAGACACUUUUUGAGAUUCUGCAAGAGGAGCGCAGCACGGCGUGGGACACGAUGCGGCGCGAGAACCGACGCGUGGCCGCCGCCUCCUGGGGCGACGAGCCGCCGCCCAAGCCCAGCAGGCCCGCCACCAACCUCACCGCCGCCGAGCCCGGCACCGGCGGCGCGGCGCCGCAGACAUAUAUCGUGGCGCAGAACCCGCUCGUGCUCGCGCACCUGCUGCGAGAGAACCAGGCCCGCGCCCUAGACCCGCAGGCCUACACCACCCCCGCCUCGGUAUUCAACACCGUCGCCGUCGACUUCCAAGCUCUACCGGAGGACACCGACAUCACCAAAAUCAUCAAUCCCAAACCUGACGAAAUUAUAGACAUACCCCUCCAAACUGUCCCGAUGCCUGUCGCGUCGCUUCACAAACUCGAUCCCGUCGUUCCACCCGAAGAUGAGACUUUGACUGUUGUAGUCGGCGCUAGGGACAGCUGCGAUAAUCUCUGCCAGAAUACUGCCUUUCCACCCGAGGAACCUUCUCCGGAACCGUACGCCAAUAGAGUUCGGUCGUUGGAGAGGAACACUCGGGGAACCUUAUCGACGGCCGAACGAGCGCCGAUCAGGAUGGGUUCCUUAGAACGCAACGCUCGCGGCAGUCUAUCCCAUCGGGGUUCCCCCGUACCUAUAGCUCCUUUCACUCGUCAGCACUCGGUCCCGGCGUCGCCGCCGCCGAGAAAUAGAAGGGAACAGGACAUAGGUCAGUUCUCUGUACAAGGGUCUCUGAAUGCGCAGUUGGCCGCCAGUGUCGUCAAUAAGAUGCGAUCUCAACCCGAUCCGCCUCUAGUCGAAGAGAUCUAUGAUUUCGGGGGCGAUAAUGUCAAAAGCUGCGUAGCUGUCGCCGCCCAAAAGGCAGGUCUAACGAAACAGCAAUACCGACCUUCGAUGGUCGCCUCUCACCCGGUCACGUAUGGUGUGCCCGUUGGCGUCGUCCAAGGCGUCCCGUACUCCCAAAGCCCAGUGAAACCUAGUCAUGUCAUGCAAAUGAUGCCAAAGCAGAUUCCGUCGCCUCCUAUAGCUUCUAGUCAGGCUUUUUUCCCUCAACGCUCGGCCAGCCCUUUAUCUCAAACUUUUGUUUCUCAACCUACGGGAGUUAUUCCUCCUAUGUCUUACGCGAGCGCGUCCCAGCCUAUCUAUAGUGGCCAUAAUGUGGUGCAAGGGCCUCAGCCGAUGUUGUAUCGGCCGCAAGUGUCCGCGCAGACCGCGAGUCAGUACACGGCCGCGCCGCGUCCACACUUUGCGUCGGCGGCCAGUGUGGACGCGCAAGCGCUGUACGCGUCGCGGCAGGAAUGUUCGGCGGUCGGCCAACCCGUCCAGAGUCCAGAAUUGGACACCGAGCAAGCGGUGGAGAGACGCCUACUGGCCGAGCUGGCGAGACAGCAACAUCAGAGUGAAGAGGACCGCCGAUGGCUGCAGAUGCAAGAGGACAAACUGAACCGCCUGUCAACCGUACAGUCCGCGGAGGAGCCUGCCGAAAAGCUGACGGAGGGCGUACAGAACAUAGCUGUGCAGGAUAAGACGCCCAACCAGACAGCGCCUAACUCGUCGGAAAAUAGUCCAGCGAACACUGUGAAGCCUAACGACAAGCCGCCGAGCGAGGACAGGCCCCGCUCGCACACGGAAGACCCCGUGUACUGCCUGACUACAGGAGUCGUGCGUUGCGUCAUGAAACUCGCUAAUCUCGCCACCAACGGCGCGCCACCUGCCCCUGCUGUAUUACAAGCUGUCAGGGCUAUUGGUACCGAGCUGAGGGCGUUGUGUGCCACCGUUGACAACGUUGUGGUGCCAUUUCCUAGUGCAGAGCAACGGGAGGUGGAGAUGGCCCAUCAGGUAUUGAGUAAAGACAUGGCGGCCCUGGUAGAAGCCAUGCGUUUGGCGCUCCAAUAUGCGGCGACCACAUUACACCACGAGUACACCAAAAAUAUGCUCGCAGCGGCUCACGUACUAGCGAUGGACGCUAAAAACCUCCUCGACGUCGUAGACUGCAUCCGCGAACGACACCCCACCAUAGACUGGCGAGUCGCACUCCAAGACCCAUCCGUCCUGUCCCCCCCAUUCUCCCCCCAACCCAACCAGUUCUCCCCCCAAAACACCCUCCAACCCUCCGUCCAAGAGGAAGCGAAGCCAGACUUCAAAAUCAACCAACCUGUUACCACUAGUCAAAUUACCACUACCGAACUACCUAAAGAACAUAGCAGCCUCCCAGUAACUUCUAACCGGGUCUCCGCUCUGAUACAUAAUUAUAAUCUGUACGGCAAUAUUAGAGAGCAACAUAUCUAUGGAAAUUCUGAAGUAGGCGGCUCUUUUCAGCACUCCUCGUCUGGUAUCGAUGAAAAAAUCGAUGGCGCGCCUUUGGAGUCGGUUAGAAGCCGCAUACAAGCCAUGUCGGGUAAGAUUGACUCGCCGCCCAUAUACUCUGUGAGCAAGAAAGUCAUUGUGGAUCAGAACGCGACCGAGCAAGGUUGAAAGCUUUAUUCGCUUGUAGCAAAGAUACAUUGGUUGAGUGAGAUGCGUAAAAUCUAAGACGAUUUCGUGCUUCGAAUUUGACAGACGAGAUGGCGCUGUACAGCGCCAUAUUGUCAUAAGUUGACGUUUGACAAUGAGGGCUAUCGUUUUUUUGCUCACCAGUUGGCGCCUUUGUUCUUCUUCUUUUAAAAUUAUGGCUUCAGCCCAGUGGGACUAUUUCGCCAGUAUCAAGGUAUUAAGAGGUUUAAAAACGACAAAAAUUGUACGGUUGUACAAGACAGUGUACGGUGACUUGUUAGCUCUUGUAAAUCGAUAGCUGGACUUUACAAGAAGCACGUGGACUACCGGCCGUUGACUCCAAGAUGGUGGUUAAACGCGCUUCAAAAUUAAUUCUCCAUUCACUGCACACUACCACAUUAGUUUACUGUAUAAUAAGCUAUCGAUAUUACACUUUAAACAAUAUUAAUGAGCAAAAAACAAAGUAAUUAAUCACGAUGCUAACUAUCAAGAUGGCGCUCGAACCGGAAGUCGGCGCCUCUGUUGAUGGUGGUCCAAAAGACUAAAGAUCAGCUGUCAGUCAUUGAAGGGACACUAGCGCCCCUAGCGGCGAAUUCAUACGCGUUAGCCAUCAUUCAGUGACCGCAAAACUUAUGGCGCAGUACAGCCACAGAAUAAAUAAUAGUACUACCGUACAGAAAGGAAACUUCCUACAAAACCGAAGUUUGACACCGGUUAAGGGUCGAAUCAUGAUGUCUCUUUCUAAUAUAUGGCACUAUCCCUUUCGGCUAUUUAGGGUUGUCAAAAUUCAAGUCAUUAUCUUAUCUGUGGUCGUGCACGCAAAGGGACGUCAAGUUUGUCAACCCUUAUAAUAGCCGAACGGAGCCGAGUUUGCCCGAAGCUAGGAGUUUCGCACUCCUGGUACAUCGCCAUUUGUUUUGGUUGUCAAACUAAGGGGCACGUUUUCUUUUUAGACUUUACCUCUCUUACAAUCAAUUAUCUUUGCUUGUAGUUUUGUUUUUGCCUCGGUGAGGCUGACAGCUUUACGGUAGUAUGUGCGGUAGUUUUGAGAAUAGCUAGUGAAAAGUUGUAUUGGCAGUUUUAACGCUUAUAGAAGCGACCGACGUAUAAGUUAGAUAACCCAUAACUUAGCUAAUAGGGAAUAUUAAGCAAAACUCAGCGUAGGGGGCGCUACUAGCUCAAACAGUAACCAAACCGUCAUAUUUAUUCGUAACAAGUAAUCUGUGAAAACAUGUCAAAAAACUGUCGGUAUAUAAGUUGCUCUAUGGUUUACGGUUUUCGUUAGUGCAGCACUCUGGCGGCAGAGUAUUGCAGUAAUACUCCCUAUUUUGAAGAAUAUUGCUGAUUAUCAUAACUUUAUCCUCGAAAAGGUACAUAAGACACAACAUCGGCCGUUUUAUUUUCAACGUCGCUUCUAUACGCAGUUAUUCUCAAGGCAGUAGUGACUAGUACUUAACCGCGAUACUUUAAUUUGUUUUGAAGUUAGCAAUGCCGCUUCGAUUUUUUUCCGCGACUUUAAGCUUUGAAAGACAAUCAUACGAUUGCUCAAUAUUCUAUGUAGUAGAAUAGAUGACGAUUUAAAUUAAGUCCUGAGCUAAAUAUUGUCCAUAAUUUCGUUCAUAUGACAUGUAUGUUUCUUUAGAAGUAUUGGACUAUAUUCUCGCUUCAUUUUAAAGGAAAUUGUACCCAGGCCAAGCUGGAAUUUUCAAUAAGAUUUUCUAUCGAGAAAACUUUGUUAUCGUUUAGUAUGUCGCAAAAAUUCGAAAUUAAAACUAGUGACAUUAUUAAACAUACACGAUUAUUAAAUAGUUCGCUCAAUAGAAAAUUGAAUAGAAUAUAUCACAUAUUGGCUUAUGUGUUACUUGUUAUAUCUACCAACAUAUCAUCGGCAUUGUUGAGCUUCAAAUUAUUAUGAUGUUUCAAAUACGAAAAUUAUAAACUUUUAAUGAAAUUCAAAGAUUUUUUUCAUAGCUCAGAGUUAGGUGCAACUGGCUUCUCAAAAAUGAGCACAAAACAUUACGAAGUUAAAACCGAUUGAUAAUAUUAAUUUGUGAUAUUAUUGCCAAUAAAUUUUACCUAAUUCGAGUUAAUAUGGGCAACGGAUAAUAAAAAACACAAUAUUACUCAAUAUUACUGAGCCUAAUGUCACAGAAAAGAGAUUAUUGUGAUUUUUGUUAUCAGUGUUGCCAUACGUAUAAUAUAAUAAGCAUCAGCACAUUCCUUAUGAUUGCACCUACCGCGUAAGUUUUCUAAUUACUCAUACAAAUUUUAUAUUUUUGGUGUAAUGUUGCAGUUUUUAUACCGCGCGAGCGAUUUGAAUCUUCCAGUAUACAGUAAAUAAUGGAAUUGUAUCGUAUUAUUUGAAUAAGGUGCAGCGCACAUGGAGUCAUACCAUAGACAAAAAUAAAUAUUAAAGACGCAUAAACUAGUGCAAACAUUUUUGGACGCGAAUUUGAUUACCAAAGUUUUAAAUUUGGUUAUCAAGCGCUAACAUUUGACAAAAGGGAAUAUUACCUGUAGGGGGCGCCACUGCCACAAUCUGAGGGUUUAUCGCGAAACAAGAGUAGAAAUUUCGUUAUCUAAUAUCUCUGUCACUGUUGCAUAUUCAAGCGAUAAAGAGGCAGAUAGCGUAAUUUCGGAUUCGCGUUUCCCGGUAGGUCCUCUGUAAACAAACCGCCUUGAUGCAUCAAUGUUCAUAUUUUAUUAUUUUUAAAAACUUGUCAAAAAACUGUUAGAAGCACAGUAUGUAUGGUAUCUAUGGUUUACUAAAAGGGCUAGUGCUGCACUCUGGUGGUAGAACAUUGCAGUAAUAUUUAGCCGUCUCCUUAAACUGAAAUAAUGUGUCUAUAAUAUUUUUUUACUUUGAGGCGUCAUUAUUAUCUCGUUGUAUAUGGUCAUAAGCACUCCAUGUGUUCUGUGAAAAGAACUUCUGUGUUGUAUAUUUUCAUUAGUUAAGGUGCCUAACUGUCACAACAUGUAAACUUUUGCAUUUAAUUUCUUCAAUAUAUCGAAUACAGCAUUUAACUGGACUCGGAUUACUUUGUAAAAAUGUACAAACCGAAUUGAUUCAUAAUUAUUAUAAUUUUUAAUCCAAAGUUUUAUUGUAAGCUUAGAUCUCAGGGACUGUAUGUAUGUCGGUUAGUUUUGUAAUUAAAAAACAGAAUUUAUUUAUUGAUCAACUUCGGUUAAUGUAUAGUUUUCCUAAUGUGUUAGAGUUAAGCAGGAUUCAUUCCAAAGUGAAGUACGUCGACGGUAAAAGCUUCGCGCUUACUAUAUCAGUGUUGGCUUUGAGACUGUUUUACCGAAAAAAUAAAUUGUCUUUUAAUAUUUCUUAUUAUCACAACUAUUGCCUAGAAAUAAGGCCCAUCUUAUUCUAUAACAAUAACAACAGGUCACAUUUUAUAUCUACCAGUGUAACUACGAGUAUAUAAUAUUAGGUCGAAAAGCCAAGACUCACUAUACCUAGUCGACUGCCGGAGAUUAUUUACAAUUAUGAAAUAAAUAUAGACGUGAACUGGUUUUCGUUUAUGCAUUAAACUGAAUAAAGGACAAGUCAAUA